CGUAUGUCAGGGGUGUAGAGGAAGUGGCGGCUGCUCUGAGUCCGCACCUUUUCCGGUAACACAGCACCACGGCUGCUAGAGGGAGGGAGCGAGCGAGAGGGGCGAAGAGAAGAUCGAGAGCGGGGGAGAAACGGCCCGGGCACCGGGGGGGAACGAUAGCCGCAGACAAGGGGGAAGAGGAGAAAGUCGAAUGAAUCACUGACCUUUUCGGGCCUUCCUCAGCGGAAAGAGGGGAUUUUUGAAUCUUUGUGUUGCGGCGGUGAAUUUUCACCAACGGGCCCCCGGGCGAGUGUGGACGACCGGCCGAGGAGGAAGUGCUAAGCCCGGGCUUGGACUGGGCCUGACUACCGCUCAGGGCUCUGGAGGUGCUUGCAAGUUGGCUUCUGUUUAAUAGUCUUUGUGGAAAUGUUGAUUUUGAAAGGAACAGGUUAGAUUGUUGCUACAAGGGCUGCUAACGCACACCUGCUCAGGUCACAUAUAAUAUUUUUAUUUUUAUACCGCCAUUGUACAUUUUUCCCCAUCCAACAAAGUAUUUAUGCCCAGCAAACAAGAUGGGGAAAAUGCUGUCAAAGAUUUUUGGCAACAAGGAGAUGAGAAUACUAAUGCUUGGACUUGAUGCGGCGGGCAAAACCACCAUCCUGUACAAGCUGAAGCUGGGACAGUCGGUCACCACCAUCCCCACGGUGGGCUUCAACGUAGAGACGGUCACCUACAAGAACGUCAAGUUCAAUGUGUGGGACGUGGGCGGCCAGGACAAGAUCCGGCCCCUGUGGAGACACUACUACACCGGCACCCAGGGCCUCAUCUUCGUGGUGGACUGUGCCGACAGGGACCGGAUCGACGAGGCCCGCCAGGAGCUCCACCGCAUCAUCAACGACCGUGAGAUGAGGGACGCGAUCAUCCUCAUCUUCGCCAACAAGCAGGACCUCCCCGACGCCAUGAAGCCCCACGAGAUCCAGGAGAAGCUGGGCCUGACGCGGAUCCGGGACAGGAACUGGUACGUUCAGCCCUCCUGUGCUACAUCCGGGGAUGGACUCUAUGAGGGCCUCACCUGGCUGACCUCAAACUACAAAUCUUAAUGUUCCACCAGCCCUGGACUGAAUGACAACACGGGAGAAGAGUAGAAUGCAAUUCAUUCAUGUAACCCCAUGUUUGUUUCUUUGCUUUGCAAUCAGUUUAAAUCGAAUUUCAGCUCUUAUUUUUGGCAAUUUACUUGGCAUUUGCGACUUCCAGCUGCAUCCAAAGGAUGGGAGGACAACUUCUGGGAGGAAUCGCCUUUUAUCAGCACGUCACUCUCAACUUUUUCUAAGAAUGUCUUGUUGGACCUCACAAACAAAGAAACAGAAGUGAUUGUACGUGCUUCUAUUUUGAGGGGGGUGGGGUGGGGGGUCCUUGAGGACUGUAGAUGGAGGUUGGACAUGGACUCACUGUGAUAUGGAUUCUUUCUGUCACAUGGAUCUUCCAUUGCGUUGUUUGUAGUUUCAGCUGCCUUAAAAAGAAACGGGGUGUUCUUUGCACUGUGGGAUGGAAUGGGGGGGGUGGGGGGGGACUCUGCUGGCUUUGCGCUUUUUUAGUUUGACUGACUUUUGGACCCAGGCAAUUGUUUUUACGACAACCCUCGAGACCACCUCCAUUUUUCUCACAUUGGUGCUUCAAUGACUGCUACCCCCCCCCCCCCCCCAUUUUUAAUCAUCAUCAUCAUCAAUAACUCACACACUUCUGUUUCAUCUCUUUUUUUUGCUAUGCUGAUUGAAGUAAUAAAAAAAAAAUACUGCAUAUCCAAAUCAGCAGAGAAGUGACGCCUUUUUCCACGCCGCCGAAAAGUGACAUGUGACGCGCGUGAACAGGAAGCGAAGGCGCCGACGUGGCUUCCUGCACGCUCCUGUGAGUCACUGCCAGGCGGUGCAAUAAACGAUGACGUCAUCUCCGCUUUCGUACGUGACUCUUUGACUCCACGCCACGUCACGCGUUGCUCAACUCAUCCUCCGUUAUAAUGUUUCAUUUCAGAAUUUGAGGAAGUAGCGACGGGAUUUAAAUGUCACGUGACCAGAUAUUUCAUUCAGAAAAAAAACGGUCUUGGGAUAAUAAUAAAUGAAUCAAUCACACAGUAAAUUAA